AGAGCUGGCUCUGUCGCCGCACCACCAGCUGCGGCUCUGGGACUUGCAGACCGAGCCGGGGCCCGGAGCCGCCCGGGGCAGGGCUCGAGAGAGCGGGCCCCACCAUGAGGCCCCAGCCCCUCGGGAGCCCCCGUGCUCCCCUGGCCCCGGGCGCACCGUGCUAGCCCCAGGCAGGGCAAGGGCAGGCGCAGGGCCAUGGCCAGCCACGCGGACCUGCUCACAGAGCUGCAGCUGCUGGAGAAGGUGCCUACGCUGGAGCGCCUGCGCGCAGCCCAGAAGCGCCGGGCGCAGCAGCUGAAGAAGUGGGCGCAGUAUGAGCAGGAUCUGCUUCACCGGAAGCGCAAGCAUGAGCGGAAGCGCAGCACAGGUGGCCGUCGCAAGAAGGUGUCCUUUGAGGCCAGUGUGGCACUGCUCGAAGCCUCACUGAGGAACGAUGCCGAAGAAGUACGCUACUUCCUGAAGAACAAGGUCAGCCCUGAUUUGUGUAAUGAGGAUGGACUCACAGCCUUGCACCAGUGCUGCAUUGACAACUUUGAAGAAAUUGUCAAGCUGCUGCUUUCCCAUGGUGCAAACGUGAACGCCAAGGACAAUGAGCUAUGGACACCCCUGCAUGCUGCAGCCACCUGCGGCCACGUCAACCUGGUGAAGAUCCUCGUUCAGUAUGGGGCUGACUUGCUUGCUGUCAACUCUGAUGGGAACAUGCCAUAUGACCUCUGUGAGGAUGAACCCACCCUGGAUGUCAUUGAGACCUGCAUGGCAUACCAAGGCAUCACCCAGGAGAAAAUCAAUGAGAUGCGGGCAGCUCCUGAGCAGAAGAUGAUAUCAGACAUUCACUGCAUGAUUGCUGCAGGCCAGGAUCUCGACUGGAUAGAUGCCCAGGGCGCCACACUGCUACACAUAGCUGGAGCCAAUGGAUACCUGCGGGCAGCUGAACUCCUCCUGGACCAUGGAGUGCGCGUGGAUGUGAAGGACUGGGAUGGCUGGGAGCCUCUGCAUGCAGCAGCCUUCUGGGGACAGAUGCCAAUGGCAGAGCUGUUAGUGUCCCAUGGAGCUAGCCUCAGUGCCAGGACAUCCAUGGAUGAGAUGCCAAUAGACCUGUGCGAGGAGGAGGAGUUCAAGGUCCUGCUGUUGGAGCUUAAACACAAGCAUGAUGUGAUCAUGAAGUCCCAGCUGAGGCACAAGUCAUCCCUGAGCCGCAGGACAUCCAGUGCAGGCAGCCGUGGGAAGGUGGUGCGUCGAGCUAGCCUGUCAGACAGAACCAACCUGUACCGGAAGGAGUAUGAGGGAGAGGCCAUCUUGUGGCAGCAGCGGAGUGCCGCGGAGGACCAGCGGACCUCCACCUACAACGGGGACAUCAGGGAGACCAGGACAGACCAGGAGAACAAGGACCCGAACCCCAGGCUGGAGAAGCCAGUGCUGCUCUCCGAAUUCUCCACCAAGAUCUCACGGGGGGAACUGGAUGGGCCUGUGGAGAAUGGCCUCCGGGCUCCCGUCAGCACCUACCAGUACGCACUGGCCAAUGGGGACAUAUGGAAGAUGCACGAGAUGCCUGACUACAGCAUGGCCUACGGCAACCCCGGUGUGGCUGAGGUCCCCCCACCCUGGAGCGGCUUCAAGGAGCAGAGCCCCCAAACGCUCCUGGAGCUGAAGAGGCAACGGGCCGCAGCCAAGCUGCUCAGUCACCCAUUCUUAAGCACCCACCUGGGCGGCAGUGUGGCCAGGUCAGGGGAGAGCAGCAGCGAAGGCAAGGCCCCCUUGAUCGGAGGCAGAACUUCCCCCUACAGCAGCAACGGGACCUCGGUGUAUUACACGGUCACCAGCGGAGACCCCCCGCUCUUGAAGUUCAAGGCCCCCAUGGAGGAGAUGGAGGAGAAAGUCCAUGGCUGCUGCCGGAUCUCCUAGUGUCUGUGAGCUGGAGGAGAGAGAACACUGCCUCGGAGAGGCGUCCCUGGAACCCAAGCCAGCCCUGGCUGGGGAGGUGUCAGGUGGCAGCCAGGCAGGGGGGGGGGCUGCUUUUCAGAGGAACGCUGACCUUACCUCAUGCCCAGCUGCCCACAGCAUCCCUACUCACCUCCAUGCUGCUUCCUCGCCCCAACGCCUGCAUCUGAAGCAUAGCGGCCCCAACGCACUCUGCAGUCUGAUUCAGGGAGGGCGGGCUUGGGAAUCUCGGUUCCGUACUUUGUAAAGGCUUCUCGGGACCAGGACUAACACCCACCCCCCUUACACACACACACACACACACACACACACACACACACACACACACACACACACACACACACACACACUUCAGUAUGUAGGAAUGUCAUACCUGAGCUCUUGGUGGGGCUGAGAAUUUGUGGGUUAUUCCCAGAAGAAUGGGUCCAAGACAGUCUUGGCACGCCAGUUGGCUUCCAUGGGGGAGGCAUACCUGCUCAGCUGAGCCCCACAGUUCUGCUUUGAGUCAUACCAGGCUAGGCCAUCUCCCACACCUCGCAGGGACAGGAUUCAAUGUGGAUCAGAUCAGUGGGUGCAGGCCUGCUCCCCACAGCCUUGCUGAGAACCACCCUCGCGCACAUGUCCGUAGGCAGGUGUGUGACCAUUUGAGGGCCAAGCUUGAAAACCAGGUCAUCCACUCUCAGGAGAAACCAAAUCUUGUUUGGGUCUUUUACGGAAGCACAGGAGUUGGGUAGGGUGCAGCACAUUGGUAUUUUCCAAACUGUGUUUGGUUAAAGCAUUCCUUGAGGCUGUAAAAUUCCAGGUGGGACGUAACUGAAUUUGCCUUUUCUCAAGAUAGUGUCAUGAUUGGGUUUUAUUGUCUGGCGUUUGAAAAAUGAAUUUCGUUGGGAGCUUCUGUGGGGGUGCCUCCCAGGGAAAGGGGGAGUGUGUUGCUGAGGACACCCUGGUUAACGCUGAUAUAACACAGCACCCUAGCUGUUGUGGUUUCCAGGCUGUUUUGGUCCAGCCCAUCUCAGCCAGCUCUUCUCAGUCUGAGCCAUCACACUGAGCAGUUGAGGCUUGCCUGCACACCACCCUCCCACCAUACACAGUCGCGUGUGCAGAGUAUUCUCAGGCCCAUGGCCUUCCAAGCUUCGCCUUUUCUGUGAUGCUAUGUAAGACUGUUUGCCAAAGGUCACUUGUUAGCUCCUUCCAGGAGGUCUCAAAGCUCCCAGACCGUUUUCACUGGAGUGGUAAUGCCCAAAGCUGCAAACUACGGUGUCCAUGGCCACUAUCCUGUGCUGCUUUCAGGAGAGGGCGGCAUGGCUGGAGUCGGCUCUCAUCCCAGCUGUACCGCUUUGCUGCCCUAGUCUUCCUGAUACUGGAGAAGGAAGCCCACACCACUUCGCCACCACACUCUCCCAUGGAAAUUGUGCUCUAUACUUUGGGUGCGACACACCGGCUCCACCAAAAUCUUCUGGUGUACCUGGCAAGCGGCAAGCUUGUUCCUUGCUCUGUGCUCCUUGUAUUUGUCCAUAAACUACCUCUUAGAGCCCUGAGAGGGUCCCUGAGUCUAGAUUUGGAUGUAAGGGACAGAUACCCACACGGUCAUGGCCCCCUGUGCCACAACCUUAGUAGUGAGGUUUGUCAUUAGUUGGUCUCUGUCUCCCCUGUGGCCUUGGGACCUCAGUAGACUGGAGAUGAAUCAGGACCUGACUAGGUUGGGGUGAUGCUUUAUCAGGAUCAGGAGUGUGGGCCAGAUGCCCUAGAGGCUGCUGGAUGCAGAAGGAGGUGCACAACACUGGGUUCCCCCCCACCCCAACUCUAGGGCAAAUGCAACCUGGCAUGGUGGGGCAGCAUGGGAGAACAAAGUCAGUUUCUUGAAUCCCUGGGGCCUUAGCUAGGCUCUACAGCCCAUGGAUGAAAGGGGAGAUGAUCAAAACACACCUGUGGCUUUAAACCAGUAUUUGGCUCUGACAGACACUGAAAUGCCUCUGGAGCUGACUUUAGCCACAAGGUGGGCAGUGCCCAGGCAGCCAGCCACGUACUCUUAGGAGUCAGCUGCCCAGGGUUUCUGAGAUCUUUGCUCAGGAGCCAGAGAGUGAAGGCAUUUAUUGCCCUCUCUGAGCCAUCCAGGUCAUUCCUCCUCCACCCCCAUCACGUCUUCCUGCCCCCUGGGCCAUCCCUGGCUACCUGAGGGGUGGGAAACUUAGCUGUCCCUUCCAUGGGAGCUAGCCUCAAACAGUGUGGACUCAUGGGCUAUUGUUCAUGCUUUCCACCAGGGAUAAACACAUGUUCCCUGUUUGGGCUCCAAGUCCCCAGGGCCUUUUCCUGUGACUCUUUGGAAUAUUGAGAGCCACAAUGAGGAAUAACCUCCAGUGCAUGAGCCAGGGCCACCCACUAAUUCACUCAUGUGACCUGUUGAGGUGCUGAGACACACCAGGCGUGGUGUUAGUUUCUGCAGAUGACGGACCAGCCAGGCAGCAGGGACUUUGAUCCCUUGAGGACUGUGGGCAUUCCCAGACUCAUUCAUUAUUCUGACCAGUAUCCCUGUGCUUUGCAGCUCCUGCAGUUCUUCAUGUGAAUCUCUUUAGUUGGGAUGCAGCUUUCUGACCACACUGAGGUAACAUUUGCCACUAAGUGCAGAUGGUAGAUCUUGGGUCCCAGGCAGACACCACACCAGUCCACCUAGAGCCUUCAGAGGUAACCUUCAGGCCAGCAUCCCGGGAGAGCAAUAUAACAGCAGUCUGAGGUCAGUGUCUGGAAGAAUUAGAAGUUAGCAAUUUGCUCUCAAAAGCAUCCCUCGCAUUUACAGUCAUCUCUAGCUCAUCUUUGUACAGGAAUCAUACAGUCUUCUCUCCUUCCCCCAGUGGGUAUUGGGAGUGAGAACAACUACUCCUUCCUAUUCAUAGCAAGCCUUCCCCUGUGCGUCAACCUCUCUCCCUGGAAGGAGGGGAUCCAGGGGCUUGGGAAAGCUUGGCAAAGUUGACCAGAACCCGUGUCUUGGUAGCCAUUCUCGGCAAACUGAAGACAUCUAUUUCCAAACCGGGUGCCCUGCAGUUCCCUAUGAGCUGUGGUCCCUGCACACACCUUAUGCUCCCUAACUAACUAGAAACUGGUAGCUAUCACCAGAUUGUGAACUUCUGGCCAGUAGCUCAGGGAAUUGGAAUGAAUCUUAAGCCCAGGUCUACUGAAGACUUUGGGGAUAUAAUUCUUUAUCAAAUAUUCAGCAUUAACGAAGCUUCUCUGCACUGUUUGAUGAACUUUUAGAUGUUUGGAAAGGUUGCCAGAGUGUGGCACCCAGUCGGACAUAGUGGCACACACCUUUAAUCCCAGCACUGGGGAGGCAGAGACAGGCAGUGUACUUCUGAGUUCAAGGCCAGUCAGGGCUAUACAGAGAAACCCUGUCUUCAAAAAACAAAAUAAAUAAAUAAAAAUAAAAUAUGCUCCCUGGUUGACCUGGCACAGUCUAGCUUUGUAACAGUGUGAGAGUUUUGGCUCUUAGUGUCUGAUACCCUUUGACCUUGAGCUUCUCUCCUACCUGCUCUCCCAAAGCAGAGUACCAGGAUGCUUUGCAGAGGGGCCACCCUUACAUGAUGCCAGAAGGACUGUCUGAACGCUCGCUAGUUGUAGCCUGGCGACAGCCUUCCCUUCCCCAGGGCACGGAAAAGCCAAGGGUCACAUGGCCAGGGGACAGCUCCACUGAAGUGACCCACCACUUUCCUGGAGAGCCCCAGGCCUCUCCUCCGCAGGAGUCCCUUGUUGGCCAAAGGGCCUACUUCUUGUGGGUCCUUUAACGUGCCACCGUGGGGGGCCUGGCUCUGCACACCCAGGAAAAGUCUGCAGACACCCAGCCCUCCGCAAUAACUCACCAGACCAGAAGCCACUGAUGUACAGAGAACACUUAAGGAAAAAAAAAAAUGUAUUUUAUGUGAAAAAAGUUAAAACUCUGUAUACUGUAUCAGCAGCUUUGUGUAAAAAUGGCAAUCAAAAGAGUCUAAUAUAUUUAAAACUUUUUUUAAAAAAAAUUCUCAUGGAUCUUUGAUAUUGUAUUAAAGUAGCUCCAUGCCUCCAAGAUGGGAUCUGACCAUAUCCCCAAGGGGCUUGUGCCCCUGGAGUUACUUCCAGCUGCCAAGGCCUGUGACGGAAUUCGCUGUUAUGGAUUUUUAAUUAAGAUUAUUAAAUUCCUUUUAAUAACA